AUGAUCGCUGCAGCAGUCCCAGAUCUCCCAGCAGGGGAGUCACCAGAUCUAAUUCUGGUCCCGGCAACACCAGAAGAACGUAUAGCCUCAAUCAAGCUAAAUAGCGUGGCGUGGAAGGGCCCGCUGGACGUCGAAACAUACAUCAAGCGUGAGAACCAUCUCAUGCAACAGCGAUUGACUCGCGAUGGACUGACGUGCUGGAUCCUGGUGGACCGCAACGAACCUGAGGGCCAACGCACAAUCCUCAGUUCGUGCGAGUCCUAUCGCAAAAAGGCCUUGCUGGCCCACGAUGGUCAGGUGGAGGAUGUGGCUACCCACGGCGUGGGGAGUGUUUAUGCUCGGCCUGAGUUCCGCGGGAAAGGGUAUGCGAAGCGGAUGUUCGAGGAGUUGAGACUGAAGCUUGAUACGUGGGAGAUGGAGAAGGAGAGUCGGCGGAAGUCGCUGUUUACUGUGUUGUUCUCUGAUAUUGGGAAGAAGUUCUACGCUCAGUUUGGGUGGAGGCCCUUCUUGUCUUCGCAUAUGUCUUUGCAGGCUAUGGAGGGUGCUGUGGGUGGAGGAGAUGGCACGAGGGAUCUUUUUGCUAAGGAUGUCCAGCAGACUGUUUGCAGUGAGGCUGUUCUCGCUAAGCUGCGUGAGCAGAUGCUUGCUGCAUCGCAGAAGUCGUCCAGGGCUAAGAUUGCUAUUUUGCCUGACUUUGACCAUUUUGUGUGGCAUUGGGCGCGAGAGGAGUUCUUUGCGGAACAGCUGCAUUCGGAACGCUCUCCGCCGGUUGUCAAGGGUGCGGGUGAUGACCAGGCUCGCGUGUACUGCGCUUGGAACCGCAACUUUGGAGAAUUGCCUGAAGAUAACGUUCUCUACAUCCUUCGAUGGGUGUACGAUGAACCCACUUCGCCGGCAGAAGAACAGACCAUCAUCCAGGCCAUGGCUGCCAUUCUUCGACGAGCUCAGCACGAAGCACACGAAUGGAACAUGAGCAAGGUCGAGUUCUGGAACCCAUCAUUUCUCUUGCGGCAGGCUAUGGCCUUGGUCGACCCGAAGGCCGAGCUUGUACACCGCGAGAAGGAUAGCAUUGCUAGCUUGCGCUGGACGGGUUCAGAUCAUGGGCUAGGUAAGGACGUAGAGUGGUGGUUGAAUGAGAAGUACGCCUGGUGUUAA